AUGACUACUGCAAUCGAUGGGGCCGCGAAGAACAGGGUCUCGUUGACGGUCGAGCCUCAUGGCCCAACGUCCUCCGGAGACUUCGGCAAAGGCGACAUUGCUGAGCUCGACGAUGGAAUGACAUACGUCCCAGAUCCAGAGCUGGAGAGGAAGCUUAUUCGAAAGAUCGAUUGGAUUAUGAUCCCGAUGCUAUGGUGGAUGUGUAUCCUCGCAUACGUCGACCGCAACAAUAUUGGUAACGCAAAAGCUGCGGGCAUGACUGACGCAUUGGGAAUGGAUGACCAAGCCUACGCUAUGCUUAUUAACAUCUUCUUCAUUGCAUACUUGCUUGGAGAGAUUCCUUCCAACCUGAUAUUGGCCCGGUCCAGGCCGAGCCUCUACCUGCCCGGGAUCAUGGCGAUAUGGGGUGCUCUAGUGUGCGGCAUGUCACAAGUGGACUCCUACGGCGGCAUGUUGGCCUAUCGAUUCUUCUUGGGCUUGAUAGAAGCAGGCUUCCUGCCUGGUGUGCUGUAUCUGAUGACGUGCUGGUACAAGAGGAACGAAGUCGGCAAACGGUUUUCGAUCUUCUUCACCGCGUUGUGCUUUUCAGGAGCCGCCAGCGGUUUGAUCUCUGGGGCCGUCAUAUCGGGUCUUGAUGGUUCAAGAGGCAUGGCUGGAUGGCGGUGGCUGUUCCUCAUCGAAGGAAUCCUGACCGUAGCAACCGCAGCCGUCGCUAUCACGGUCCUGCCAAACUACCCUGCAACGACGAAAUGGCUCAAGCCAGAACAGAGGCAGCUGUUGGCUGCCAGAGUACUCGCUGACCGACGAUCAAAAGAGGCAACUCACGUUCCUCGCAAAUUCACCGCUUUCGAGGCUUUCAAGGCUGCCCUGUCCGACCUGCGGACAUACUUCUUCAUGGUGCUGUACAUGCUCGACAACGGAUCCGCCAUCUUGAACUAUUUCGUACCGACAGUGCUGCAGCAGAUGGGAUAUGAAGGCGUCGAAGCGCAGUGGAUGACUGUGCCCGUUUGGGUAGUCGGCACAGUCGGACUCAUCGCCCUUUCUCAAUCAUCGGACCGUACUGGCGAUCGACGUUGGCAUAUCACAGGCGGCCUCACCCUCGCUUUCACGAGUGGCCUGAUUGUUGCAUUCGCCAGUAUUGCCGCUGCCCGCUAUGCCUUCAUCUGCUUCUUCAUCGCUGGGGUGUACGCGACACUGCCUUUGAUUUUGACCUGGCUGACAGAAUUCAUGCCAUUGCCUUCGGAGAAGAGAAGCGUCGCGAUCGCCGCCGCAAACGCUGUUGGAAACAUAAGCGCUCUGUACGGGAGCCAGCUCUGGCCAGACAGCGACGGACCAGCUUACAUCAAGGGGUUCACCGCAGUGGCCUGCUUUAGUGGUGUUGGUGCAAUCCUGGCCGCGUUGCUGCCUAUCAUAUUCAAAGUGCUUCCUCGCUUUCCCACGAAGGCAGAGAGGGAGUAUGCUGCGGAGGACGAGGCGUCGACAGGUGGGGCUGGCGUCAGCCGGUCGGAGUGA